AUGGCCGAGCAACUCGUACUCCGUGGCACCCUCGAGGGCCACUCCGGCUGGGUCACCUCCCUGGCGACCUCCCUGGAGAACCCCAACAUGCUCCUGUCCGGAUCGCGCGACAAGACUCUGAUCAUCUGGAACCUGACCCGCGACGAGACCUCGUACGGUUACCCCAAGAGGAGUCUGCACGGUCACUCCCACAUUGUCUCCGACUGUGUCAUCUCCUCUGACGGCGCCUACGCUCUUUCCUCAUCGUGGGACAAGACCCUCCGCCUCUGGGAGCUCUCCACCGGUGUCACCACCCGCCGCUUCGUCGGCCACACCAACGACGUUCUCUCCGUCUCCUUCUCCGCCGACAACCGCCAGAUCGUCUCCGGAUCGCGCGACCGAACCAUCAAGCUCUGGAACACCCUCGGUGACUGCAAGUACACCAUCACCGACAAGGGCCACACCGAGUGGGUCUCGUGCGUCCGCUUCUCCCCCAACCCCCAGAACCCCGUCAUCGUCUCUGCUGGUUGGGACAAGCUCGUCAAGGUCUGGGAACUCGCUUCCUGCCGCAUCCAGACCGACCACAUCGGUCACACCGGUUACAUCAACACCGUCACCAUCUCGCCCGAUGGCUCCCUCUGCGCCUCCGGUGGUAAGGACGGAACCACCAUGCUGUGGGACCUGAACGAGUCCAAGCACCUCUACUCUCUCUCCGCCGGUGACGAGAUCCACGCCCUUGUCUUCUCCCCCAACCGCUACUGGCUGUGCGCUGCCACCGCCUCCAGCAUCAUCAUCUUCGACCUUGAGAAGAAGUCCAAGGUUGACGAGCUCAAGCCUGAGUACAUGGAGGUUGGCAAGAAGAGCCGGGAGCCCGAGUGUGUCUCCUUGGCCUGGAGCGCCGACGGCCAGACCCUGUUCGCCGGAUACACCGACAACCGUAUCCGCUGCUGGGGUGUCAUGGCGAGGGGAUAA